AGCUCCUUGAAGAGAAAACCCCACCGGGCAUUGUGGACAAGUUUGGUUGGUGCACUUGGGAUGGGUUCUAUCUCAAGGUCCACCCAAGUGGCGUGCGUGAAGGGGUCAAGUCCCUCGUGGAGGGCGGGUGCCCGCCGGGCCUGGUCCUCAUAGACGAUGGCUGGCAAUCGAUAUGUCCUGAUGAUGACCCGAUCACAGAUCGAGAAGACAUGAAUAGGACGGCUGCCGGCGAGCAAAUGCCGUGUAGGCUUAUAAGGUUUGAGGAAAAUUACAAGUUCAGAGACUACCAGAGCCCUAAGGCGUCGCAUGAGAAGGGCAUGGGUGCUUUUGUUAGGGACCUUAAGGAGGAGUUUGAGACUGUAGAGCAUGUGUAUGUGUGGCAAGUGUUGUGCGGGUGUUGGGGCGGGGUCCGACCAGAUACCCCGGGUAUGCCUGAAUCACAGGUCUUGACUCCGGUGUUGUCGCUGGGCUUGGAGAUGACGAUGGAGGAUUUGGCUGUCAAUUGAAUAACGGGAUUGGAUUGGUGCCGCCUGAGAUGGUGCACGAGAUGUACGAUGGACUCCAUUCGCACCUUCGAUUGGCGGGGAUAGAUGGAGUCAAGAUUGAUGUGAUUCAUUUCUACGACAUUUUUGAGACUCGAAAAGGACAGUGCCAAACGUUUAUACGGGAAAGAUUGAAGUAUAUGAAUUGAAUAUUGAUAGAGGACAUUACUUAGGCGAGUAUUCUCCAUUAUAAUUGUAGCUGUUUUGAGCAUCAACUUGCAUUGUGAAUGUGAAGAAUCCUAGUCUAGGAUUUCAUCAUGUGACCGAUUCGUCAUGGACAUAUCUGAGCAGUAAACAAGAGGAUUAUCCGUGUGUGCAGUUACUUGAGAUGUUAGCUGAGGACUUUGGUGGUCGGGUGGAGCUCGGGAAAGCUUAUUACAAAGCGCUGACCGCUUCCGUGAGGAAGAAUUUCAAGGGGAAGGGCGUCAUUGCGAGCAUGGAGCAUUGCAAUGACUUCAUGUUCUUGGGGACAGAGACCAUCUCUCUUGGACAUGUCGGAAGUUGUUCGUUUAUUACGGGCGACGAUUUCUGGUGCACCGACCCAUCCGGCGAUCUGAUGGCAUCCUUUUGGCUCCAAGGGUGCCAUAUGGUGCAUUGUCCCUACAAUAGCCUGUGGAUAGGGAACUUCAUGCGCCCUGACUGGGACAUGUUCCAAUCCACUCACCCUUGUGCCGAUUUCCACGCCGCUUCUCGGGCCAUCUCUGGAGGACCUGUGUAUGUGAGUGAUCAGGUGGGACAGCACAACUUCAAAUUGCUGAGAAGCCUGGUUUUGCCUGAUGGGUCCAUCUUGAGAUGCCAGUACCAUGCGCUUCCAACCCGAGACCGCCUCUUCGAUGACCCGGUGCAUGAUGGGAAGACCAUGCUCAAGGUUUGGAAUGUUAACAAAUAUCCAGGUGUUGUAGGACUCUUCAACUGUCAAGGAGGGGGAUGGUGCGGCCGAGCACGGACCAAUAAGUCUCAUUCCUAGUUCUCAAGGAAGAUAACUUGCACCGCGAGUCCCAAGGAUGUAGAAUGGAAGAAUGCAAAUCCGCCAAUGUCUGUCAAAGACGCGGAUGUCUUCACCUUGUUCUUGUUCCAGCAAAAGAGGCUUGGGCUCCUAGAGCCCUCGAGGAAGCUAGAUUUUACUCUCCAGCCAUUCGACUAUGAGCUCCACACGGUGUCUACGGUGACCGUCCUCCCAACAAAACCAGUCCAGUUUGCACCCAUUGGGCUGGUGGACAUGCUCAACACUGGCGGGGCUGUUCAGUCAUUGGAGUUUCACAAAGAAGAGAGCAUGGUGAGAGUUGGGGUGAGAGGGUGCGGAGAGAUGAGGGUGUUUCCAUCAGAGAGGCCAAAGGCUUGCAAGAUGGAUGGUGUGGAUGCAAAGUUUGGCUAUGGACCAGACAUGAUGGUCUCCAUUCAAGUCCCAUGGCCUGGUUCGUCCAAAUUGACUGUGAUUGAGUACUCAUUUUGACUCCCCAGUGAUUUUCUAGUCCCCCUAACUUUUCUUUACCUAAUCGGUUUAUUUAGUCAAUGAAGGUGAAGAAAUUCUGGGCCCCUUGUGUGCAGAAGUAAGCUGUAUGAAAAACUUGGUGAAAUGUGAACCUAUAUUUCAUAUAA